AUGCAGUUUACCACCAACCUCGCGCUCGCAGCAUUCCUUUGCACUUCUACUAUCAACGCACACUUGUCGCUCACUUACCCACCUCCUUUCCGUUCUGCUCUCAAUCCUAAUGCUGUCCAAUCCCAGAUCGACUACAGCAUUACAUCUCCGCUCUCAUCGUCAGGUUCAAACUUCCCUUGCAAGUACAACGACAUGGGUACACCCGGAGGAAAACCCGUCGCUACUUGGGCUGCAGGCGCAACUGCAAACUGGACAGUCGGAACCGGUGCUGUGCACGGUGGAGGAUCUUGUCAAGUCGCGCUCUCCUACGACUCUGGCAAGACAUUCCGAGUCAUCCAUUCCUAUAUUGGAAGUUGUCCUGCUGCGGUAGGUGCAAGUGCGGACUUUACUGUUCCUGCCGAUGCUCCAGCCGGAGAAGCCAUGCUCGCAUGGACUUGGCAAAAUCAAAUCGGCAACCGUGAAUUUUACAUGUCUUGUGCUUCGGUUACCAUCGAAAGCUCUGCAUCGAAGGUUCGCGCUGCUCCAGCUGUCGCCUUUUCUUCCCGUCCUGAUCUCUUCCUCGUUAAUCUUGGAAAUGGAUGUACAUCUGUGGAAAGCAAGGCCGUCAACUACCCAAAUCCAGGUCCAGAUGCAGAUGUCACACGUAAAUCCUCAGAAUCAGGUACCUUUACCGGAACUUGUGGUCCUGUCAAUGGUGUGGCUUCAUCUGGUUCUGAGGCAGGCUCAUCAUCGGCCCCUGCAGGAAGUUCAAGCGAUGAAAGCUCCAGUUCUCCAGUAGCUAGCGCACCAUAUUCCCCGGCAGUUAGUGCAUCAUCUGCUCCAGCACCUGUGGUUUCCCCAAGCACAACUCCAAUCUCCAUCGAAAUCAUUCCAACCACUGCAGCUUCUUCCACGCUGACCUCAGCAACCGUCGCCCCAACAUCGGCAGCAGCUUCCCCAACAGUUGGCGCCACCACUCCCUCAUCCUCAGGAACAUCUGGAGCCGUUAAGCCAUCAGUCGACGGUCUCUGCUCUGGAGGCAAAACAUGUACCGGCUCCGGCUUUGGACCAUGUUGCUCCCGAGACGGAUUCUGUGGAAUUGGCGAUGCUUGGUGUGGUGCUGGAUGUCAACCCGGCUUCGGAACUUGUGGCACUACCAUCAACUCAACUGCCGCUGGCAAUCUCAUCAGAAGAAUCAGAGGAAGAAGUGUCAGAGUUUAA